ACUUCUGGUUAUGGGUUCCGCUUGUAUUGUGCAUUUUCCAUUUUCAUUGUCCUUUUCUUCUCGUUGAUAUUUUCCACCUGUUUUCACCAUGCUUCCUCUCUGAAUGGGCUUUGCUAUUCACUUUUACGCUUCAUAAGUUCCCUCUGAUAUUGUUUUAAUGUUUUCUUUUCUUUUCUGCGUGUUUAUUUUUGUUUCUUUUUAAGAUUUUGGACGUUUGAAUUUUAAGUAAUUUACAUACUCAGAUCUCUCUCUUUUUUAGUGGUUGUCAAUGGAAGUCGAUCGGUUAUUUGUUAUACUUUCAAAGUAAUCCAUUUGCUUGCUUCACUUUACAUGCUUAUAAUUCAAACUUCCUGAAGGCUUGCAACUAUAACUAGGGUUUCCUUAUUGUGCAGUUUGUUAUCAAGUUUACUAUUCAUUUUUUUGAAUUUCGAUAAUCAUUUUCUUCAUCUUUUAGACUGUAGUUGAAUUUUGGAUACACAGCAGAUUUAGAUCUCUAAUUCUUGCUUGUUUGUUACAAACUACCAUGGUUGGGGCUAGUGAAAAAGUAAAGAGACUUGAAGGAAAUAAGUUAUGGUGGCAACCUACAUAGUUUUCUUACAAAAUGUGGUGGGGUCCUCCAGCUACAAGUGUGCAAGCUUGCCUAAAUACUCGUGGAUAAAAAAAUAACUUCUUUUUUAUUUAUUUAUUUUUUAUAUAUCCAUGUGUCUGGGUCAGGUUGCACGCACUAGAUAGAUAAAAAAGAACUUAUUUCUUGUAACUGUUGGCUAUUCAGAUUUAUGACAUUUGAUGUUAGGCUUAUUGAACCAAUACAAUGAUAUGAUGUUAGCUGUUAGCACUGUAAUAAUUAAUUCUCUUUGUCCAAUGGAGUGUCUUGAAGAUAUGUAUGAUUCUAAAUCUGUGUUGGUAAGUUUCACAUAUUUGAUUACCUGUAAUUUCUUGAUCACUAGAUCUUUUUUCUUGACAAAUGAGAGUGCUCCAUCUUAGGCUUGUAGCAAAACUAUAGUUAGUUUACAUGUAUUGUUGAUAAUCUCAUUGUGUUUUUCUUAUUUUUAAUAAAGGCAACCUUAUGGUUUUUUGCUCAAUAAUUGGGUUCUAAUGAAAGACACUUGUUAAAUUAUGUUGUACUUGAAAGAUAUUUAGAAAAACGUGGUUUGAACAAAAAAGGUCAGUACCAUCUUAUGGCGGGCAUUAAUGUUUGGUUACUUCCCUUUUGAACAAUGAGCACAAUUACCAUUCCACUUCACUAUUGAUCCAGCAAACUGAUGAAACAGCCUUAUAUAGAUCCCUUUCAAUUUUAUUUGAAAUUUUUUCAUUCUUCUCAAUGAGUUGUACUGACAUCAUAAGGCUAAUCUUUAUGCAUUCUGGUUUAUGUAGAUGUAGACUUAUUGUUAGCAUUACUGAUUCUAAAUAUCGGCACAAGUGAUGAUGAUGAUAUUGAGAAUGCAGGUUGAACUUAUGCUAGUUGUACAGUCCCAGUGUUUUUCUGUAUAAAUACUAUACAAAAUAAUUGAAGUUUAGUUUUGGUAGUUUGAUAAGUUGCAUGUCUUAUCUCCUCUCAAAAAAUUAGUUGCAUAUCUUAUCAGAUCAUCAGCAUGGCAAGUAUUUUUUUGUACUUUUACUCCUUGUUUGGUUUUACCUUUAGCAUGCUUAUAUUCUAGAGUGAUGCAUACUAUUCAUUGUGUAUUAAAAUUUGAGUCGAGCUAAGUAAGCUGAGAAGAGCAUUUGCACUGCUUUAAGGUCUUGUUUGGCCCUGAUUUGUAAUUUCGGACUCACUGAUGAACAUGAUGGCCAUUCCACUUGAGAACUUUGCCCCAAAAAAUCUUGAUCAAAACUCUGUCCAUUCAGCAUUUCUAUUUAACGUUGAUUGUACACCGUGGUGGAAUUCAAAUGAACGGAAGAUUCCAGUAGCUUUGUCUGAUAAUAUAACUCUAAAACUUGAAACUCCCGCACAACCUUAUCACAAGCAAUUAGGCCUUGAGUUACAAGAUCAGGAGUCAUCCACAGCCCAUUCAACUGGUCAAUCUCUUCACAAAGUGUGUCCUAUGGAAGCUCAAAAUACUCAAGAGCAAUGUGUUUCUUCAGAAUCUGGUCAAGAUGAAAAUUGUGGCGAGAGUGUAGAAAAUCAGAUGAAAUCAGUUAUUUUGCUUAGCAACCCUGAAUUUAUGUUCAAUUCUCCCCAAGUUGAUGGCUGCCCUUCUUCCAUGGCUCGAGUGUCAUACCCUUACAUAGAUCCUUACUAUGGCGGGCUUUUAUACGGCGGCUAUUGCCAGCAGGCUAUUCAUAAUCAAGCUCAAGUAAGUUCCAAUGUUGUUGGAAUUGCUCCUGCACGGGUCCCUUUACCGCAUGGUCUCGCUGAAGAUGGGCCGAUAUACGUCAAUGCAAAACAAUACCAUGGAAUCCUUAGAAGGAGGCAGUCUCGUGCAAAGCUUGAGGCUCAAAACAAAGUCAUAAGAAACAGAAAGCCGUAUCUUCACGAGUCUCGGCAUAUUCAUGCACUGAACAGAGUGAGGGGAUCUGGGGGACGCUUUCUCAGUGCGAAAAAGAAUCAGCCGCCUGAUCCCAAUCGAAUCACUCUUCCGACCACCCUGCGCCAGAAAAAAGACACUCCAGACUUCAAUAAUUGCAGCUCUGAAACUGGUGACCGUGAUCAUAGCAUCAUGACUGCAACAUGCUCUGAUAUCUCAAGCAUCUCCAAUGGUUCAGUACGGUUCGGGCAGCCCAACAACCGGUUCUCCACCAUCUCUUCCAAUAUGGGUGGAAGAAUGGAGCAAUACAGGGGUGGAGUCUUUGUGCAGGGCGAAACGCGGAGCCAUUCCUCGAUUGUCCAGUGAGAAAUAUGUGGAAGGUGGAGGAGCUUCCUUGUUAGUUGAACUAGACUAGACAGGCAAAUCAUCCUUGGCUUUGUUACUUAUUUAUGCUUUGAACUUUGAAGUGGGUACACAGACCACCAUUAAUGUACGAGAAAAUAUUGGCAUUAUGAUUAUGCCCUCGAAUAAUUUCCUUAUGUUUAGAAGCAGAUGUUGAUGGAAUAGACCAAAAUCUCCCCGCUGCUUUGUACUGCAUGGACUUGUUUGGAGUAACAAGUUGGCUAUUGCUAAGAGUA